AAUAAAAAACUUUUCAUUCAAAAAUAUCCGUUGAAAUCGUUAAGCCGAGAUUAUUUUUUGCUUUUUGGUAUUUAUUUCAAUGUGGAAAACGGAAAUCGGUGAAGUUGGAGGUUUUUUACGUUAUAAUUUAGAAUUUACCGUGUAACUAAAGGAAGAAUUAUUUACUUCAUUAUAAAAACGUGAUUACAUUGAAUACCUCGGUAACACGAAUGUUUUCAAAUACAGAGUCCAAUUCUCCGCCCAUUCACAACGAAAGACAUAAUUUGAAAAACAUUUACCAGAAGUUCCAAAGCUUUCUUGGUCGUGGAUCUGACGGUGGUAAUCACAUGAAAGAGGACAUGCUGUCGGCGAGGGCGAGCACGGUGGCUUCCGACGACAGCUUUGUAACACCGGUGUCCUCAGUGGGUGACCUACUGAACAUGUCGCCUAAACGGAUCAAGGAGCACACAGAGCACCCAGAUGUGACCGGCGACCUGCUCACUGGCACCGAAUUCGAUAGCAUUUGUGACGUCACCAUGCAAGAGGUACCUAUGUAUGACGAUAUUUACAUCGAUGCCAACAGCCUGGAUUACCUCGUCAAGUGCGCGGAGUCGAAUCGCCAUCACAACAUAGUGGACAGGGGUAAAGAAAGCUUGUUUGUGAAGUUUGACCCAUUGUAUGCUAGACAACAGACUAGUUUGACUACUACCGAGUCAUUAGUGGACUCUACUGAGGGUGAUGUGGGGUAUGAAACAGGCAGUUCAGCCUCGGUCCUAGCGGACAGCCAUGUAGCUUCACCUAAACACACAGUAUCUGCGGGGUCUGUACUCACUAAUAAUAACAAAGAUAAGCCCAUGCAAGUUGUGCCUCCUGUUGUGAAUGAUGUUCCAAAGGCAAGUGUAACACAAACACGCUCCACUCCAGCCCUGAUUCGUAGUAUGUCUGCCAUACUCACCCCCACUCAGGUUGCUACAGACAGACUAAUCAGCAUUUCUGGCAGUACACCCCCUACAGCAGCUCCUCGUAGUCCCAGGUUGAACACCACGACACAGGUGGACCGCCUUCACUCUCUGAGGAUCAUCUUGCAAAAGCAAGACCAUGAAAUAAUUCAACUUUCCCAUGAAAACAGACAACUAAAGUCUUCUUUGCAAGAAGUUCAGUACAGGUACUCACAGACAGUUGAAGAUAUGGAAGCUAAAAUUAAAAGGCUCUCUGAUGAGAGAGAUAAUUUACUUGAUAGAGAGAAUAAGUUAAUCCAACAGGUAAAUGACAAAAUUAUGAGCAAUAAACAGAUGAGUAUUGUAAUGGAGGAGUAUGAAAAAACUAUUUCAUCUCUGAUAGGCGAGCAGCAACAAGAGAAACUUCAGUACCAGGCAGUGGAGGAGAGGCUGACAUCUGAGAGAGAUCAAGCCUUGAACCACUUGGCCAGCAUGGAAAGUUCAUUCAAUGAUCUGCUUGCAAAAUAUGAAAAAUGUAAAAGUAUUAUAUUGGAAGCCAAAGACAGAGAGAAAGUUUUUGAGCAAAAAAUUAUAGAAUAUGAGAAUGGCAUGAAGAAAUAUGAAAAAUUGUACAAUGAUCUUAAACAUGUUACAUCUGAAGCUUUGAACAAAGCUAAUGAGACACUGGAUACUACUAAAAAGAAUUACAACAUGGAUAUUAUGAAGCAGAAUGCAAUUAUCAAGAAACAUGAGAUCACAAUAGCUUCUUUGCAAGAAUCAUUGACUCAGAAAUCAAGAGAUAAUGAGGAACUGACGAGAAUAUGUGAUCAACUCAUCAAUGAGGUGCGCUGAACCUCUGACGAUGUCUCAACUGUGUAAAAUUUCUUGGUUUCUGUAUUUGGUGCUUAAUUCUUAUGGAGGCAAACAUGGGCUUGUUAUCCAACUUUAUCUAAAAUUUCUUGCUGUGAUGAAUCUCAACUUUAUUUAUCAUUCUAUUGUGAUCUUGUUAGUGUUAUUAUAUAUUUACUUUUAGAGGACAUGACUGAAUUUUCUCUUACAUGACUUUAAAAUAUUUUUAGUACUUACGAUAAGUAACUCUUUUGACUAUUGCUUGAACUUUUACUGUUAGUGAUCUAAUUUUGAAGGAAUACCUAUUUUAUUUUGAUUUAAUAGUUGUAAAACUGUGCCAUUAGCAUUAGAAACAAUAUCAUUACUUUUAAAUACCUAACUACUAAAAAGUUUACUAAGAAUAACAUCUAAUUGUGUGCAAAAUUUUGUUUGAUUUAUUUAAGAACUGGGAAAAAUCGAAUUUGUUAAUGUACCUAAAUUAAUAACAGCUCAUUUGUUUUUAUGGUGAUUUGGUAAACUAGCUGAGUAUUUGUAAACAAGAUUAGCAUACAGUUAUCACUAGGAAAUUGGUGAAUAUAUUUGAAAUUAGUAGUGGUUCACUACAAAGAUGUGAAGAUGUGCAAGAAACUUGCUGUUAUGAGAAAUGGAAAGCCUUUCUUAAUAUCAUGUAUUAUUUUGUAUUAAUGGAACAGCUUUGCCAAUAAAAUUGUGUCUUACUUAAAAUA